AUUGCGGCCGCCUCUUCUUGUGUUUUGGGGUUUCUUUGGGUAGAUUGUCGUCAUUUGGACCCAAAAAAGUUCACAUCUGGUGGGAUGUUCGGAGUGGGGGCUUUCUCUUUGAUACUUCACGGACGCUAUAGAAACAGACCUAGCCCAAACUCCAAGGUAAAAGGACAACAUCUUGUCCGUGGCUGGUGGGGUUCUGGACUACGCUUCCCAGAGCCCUUAGCGAGCUGACUUUGUACCUCAACUUGGUGGACUCUUUAGCUUUGGCAGAACCGGACGCGCGCGCGCGCGUUCUAGAAGACCGUAGGACUCUUCACUUAUCCAAAAAGAGAAAUCAGAGUAUUCCAGGUAGUUCUGAAUGCUAUGGCCCUUCAGGAAACGGUGACCUUCAGGGAUGUGGCCGUGGAGCUCUCGGAGGAAGAAUGGCAGUGUAUGGACCCUGCCCAGAAGGACCUGUACAGAGAUGUGACUCUGGAGAGCUUCAGUCACCUGCGCUCACUAGGACUUGUCUUUUCUAAGCCUGAGGUCAUCCUCUUAUUGGAGCAGGGGAAAGAGCCAUGGAUGGUUACAGAUUAUAUGACAAGGCCUUGGCAGCCAGGCGUGGCAUCGAGGGCUGAUAGAGUUUCACAGCAAGGACUUUUGGAAAUAGAGUCCUUUAAAAGGGAGGAAGUGAAGAGCUUUCAAAGCUGUGGCCUUGAGGACUCCCAUGGCACAGAGGACCGGGCAUGCAGAACCCAGUUUGAGAGACAGCCAUGGAGUCAGGAGUGCCAUCUCAAGCCAGUGGAAAUCCCCUAUGGAAGCAUGCCUGCUUUCAAGCCACGCACAUCCGCCGCCCUGUUACAUCAGAGCCGCAGGACUCAGGAGAAACCGCUCGAAGGCAGCGACUACGGGAAAACAUUUAGCCAGGCCCCACCCCAUAUGCAGCACCAGAAGACUCCUGCUGCUGAAAAGCCUUUUGAGUGUAAGGAGUGCGGGAAAGCUUUUGGGCGAGCCUCACACCUCGUUGAGCAUCAGAGAAUCCAUACAGGUGAGAAACCCUACGUUUGUAAAGACUGCGGGAAGGCUUUUUUUCGUAGUUCCCAGCUGACUGUGCACUGGAGAACUCACACGGGGGCUAGGCCCUAUCAGUGUAGAGACUGUGGAAAGACCUUCAGACAGCACUCACAGCUCACCGUGCACCAGCGAAUCCACACCGGGGAGAAGCCCUACAAAUGUAAGGACUGUGGGAAGGGUUUUAUCUAUAGCUCAGAAGUCACUCGCCAUCAAAGAAUUCAUUCUGGGGAAAAACCUUAUGAAUGUAAGGAAUGUGAGAAAGCCUUCAGACAGCACGCACAGCUCAAGCGACAUCAGACCGUUCAUACUGUUGACAGACCCUUUGAAUGUAAGGACUGCGGAAAGGCCUUUAGUCGGGGUUCAUACCUCAUUCAACACCAGAGAAUUCACACAGGGGACAAGCCUUAUGAAUGUAAGGAGUGUGGGAAAGCCUUCAUUCGUGUUUCCCAGCUGACUCACCACCAGAGGAUCCACACCUAUGAGAAACCCUACAUAUGCCGGGAGUGUGGCAUGGCUUUCAUUCGCAGCUCACAGCUGACCGAACAUCAGCGAAUUCACCCUGGAAUCAAACCUUAUGAAUGUAGAGAAUGUGGGCAGGCCUUUAUCCGUGGCUCACAGCUCAUCAACCACUAUCAACAAGUUCACACUGACUAGAGGGUUCUGGGAUACUUGUGCACUCUGCAGAGAUGUAUCGCUGUGAUUGUUGCAAUAAAAAGCUGAAUGACCAAUAGCUACACAGGAGGUACGGGUGGGAUUUCCGGGGAGAGAAAGGGAGAAGAGGAGGAAGCUAGACACACAGGAGACGCCAGGAGACAGAGAGGACGCAGAAGGUGCAAAAUGGAAGAGAGGUAAUGCCAUGUGAUAGAACGUAGAUUAAUAGACAUGGGUUAGUUUAACUUAUAAGAGCUAGUUAGGAACAAGCCUAAACUAAAGGCCGAUCUUUCAUAAUUAAUAAGAAGUCUCUGUAUCAUCUGGGAGCAGGCCGGCAGGACAGAAAAGGACUUGCUACCCUAAAGUCCUAAACAUCAGUUGCAGAGACAAGCCUUUUCGCAAAGUUCACAUCUGGCCAGAGGUGUAUCGCCCCCAGUGUGACUAAUGUCAGAAAAAGUUCAUUCAUCUCCUCUGUUAAAGGGAUCAGAAAACUCAGUGCCAGCAGACAGACCCAGUGAGUAUGGGAAUUCACUUCGCCUAGCUCGAUGGUUACUAAGCGUCAGCAAACCUGUGCUAAAAAUAGCUUCAUAUGAACAUAGAAAAAAUCUCUGAUUGCCUCUCAAAAUAUGUUCAAUUUCUGAGAAUCCCAAAUAGACCGUGAUCCUGAUUAGAUUUGAUUUGGUGUGCUGACUAGUGCCUGUGCCUUUUGGUCGGUGUUGCAAAGACCUUGACAUUGCUCCCACUGAUUAGUGAAUUUCGCAAUUUUGACUCUCCUUUUUACUUCCUUGUUUUUUAUUUUGUUUUUUUGAGACAGGGUCUCAUUUAACCUUGGCUGGUAUCAAAAUUAUGUAGCUGAAGAUGACUUUGAACCCCUGAUCCUUCUCUCUGCACCUCCCAAAUUCUGGGAUUACAGGCUUGCGCUGCCAUGCCAGCUAACUUGGGGUUUGUUUUUUUGUUUGGUUGGUUUUGUUGUUUUGUUUGUUUUAGGGUUUGUUUGUUUUGUUUUUUGUUUUUUUGUUUUGUUUUGUUUUGUUUUUUUGAGGCAGGGUUUCCCUGUGUAGCCCUGGCGGUCCUGGAACUCAUUCUGUAGACCAGGCUGUCCUCAAACUCACAGAGAUUUGCCUGCCAAGUGCUGGGAUUAAAGGUGUGCACCACCGCUGUUCAGCUGAUUGUUUGUUUUGUUUUUAAGAAAGUGUCACUUACCUUGUAGAAGGCCUCCAUGUUGUAAUUUAACAUGCAUCUCUCUCUGGCAUUUCCUACAACUGGGAGCUAAGGUUUUAGAGAUUUAGCCAGAUGUGGUGGCACAUGCCUUUAAUCCCUCUGAAGCACUCUGAAGGCAGAGGCAAUUGGUCCAGGCCAGCCAAGGCUAUAAAGUGAAACCCUGUCUCCAAAAGGGAGUGGGCACUGAAGCGAUGGCCAAUCAUUAAGAGCAUCCCUUGCUCUUGCAGAAAGCCUGAGUUUGGUUCCCAGCAUUGUGGCUCACAACCAUCCAUAACUCCAGUUACGGGAACCCAACACCCCCUUCUGGCUCUGCAGGCACCAGCAUGUACUUGGUGCUCAUCAAUUUAUGUAGACAGAAUAUUUUUUUAGUUUUUUGUUUGUGUGUUUAAAAUAGUUUUUUGGGGGGUUCUCAUUUCAGGAUAGGGUUUCUCUGUGUAGCUUUGGAGCCUGUCCUGGAACUCAGUCUGUAGUCCCCCUGCCUCUACCCUCCUAGUGCUGGGAUUAAAGGUGUGUGCCACCGCUGCUCAACCAUCUGCCAUCUUCAUAAUGCUUUAACAUGGUCACAAUCCUGGAGCCCACCAAAGGGCUAUUUAAUUAAAUAGUAAAGUUUUAAUCAUCAACCUUAAGUGAUUCCAUCAUCCCCAUCCCCAGAAGCCCAAGGAUAUUGGGAAGGAUGGAUGUCCAACCUUUUUUUCAUGCCUUGGUCUUUCUGGUGACCAGCCCCAUCUAUCUAUCUA